AUCCUCCAUGAUUUCCUCUCUUCCAUUCUCUUUUGAGUUCUCUCUCCCCCUCUCCCACAUUCUCUCCAAAACACAUCAUCUCUUCUGAUUCUAAACGAUUCCAGAUCUUCUGCAAUUUUGAUUUGUUGCUUCACAGAUGUGUAAAAAUGGCUGUCGUCAGGAGAACGAUGACGAUGAACUGGGAUGGUUUAGGCGACCUCGACGACGAUGAAGACAUAUUCUUCGACGCACAACGCCUCUCCUCCGUUUCCCCACAGGAUCUCGCUUCAUCGUCAUCAGAUGAAGAAUUCGAUGAUAGCCGGAUGUCUUUCUCCUCCGCCGCAGAUUACGGCGACUUGGCGGAAUUUCAAACCGGUGAAUAUGAUAUGUGGAUGGCAGCGCCUGAAUCGAUCACCGACAGGCGACGUAGGCUUCUAGAAGAUAUGGGAUUGAACAGCAACAAAGAUCUGUUAGCUGGGUUGGGUAGCCCGAUAACUAAAGCUCCGUUGAGACCAAUGCAAUCGAUAAAAAGCGAGGCUUCGUCGGAAAAAGAGUUGCCGGUGAAACAGGAUCAGCGGCAGGAUCCUUUUGAAGGCUUGCGUGGAACUCUGCUGCGUUCAAUGUCGGAUGGAGGUAUAGAUACAUCUUUCCUGGAUAAAAAACGUCGGGAAGAAGAAAUGAUCGGAUCGAUUCCGAAACAACGGCUUACUCGAACUCGAACGUUAGCCACAAACCAUAUCGUAGGGCAGAUGGAAUCCAACUUCUUGAUCAAGAAUUUGGAUAAUGGAAAGGAAUUCGAGGUUAAAGAGUGUCACAAUGAAGGGAAUUGGAAUAAACUAAGAGAUGUUCAAACGGGGCAGCAUAUUACAAUGGCGGAAUUCGAGAAGAACGCAGGGCAUUCGCCGAAAGUGAAGGAAAUAAUGCAGAAGGUGAUCAACGACGAGAAAAAUACUUCUGAUGAUCGGAAAUUAACGCCGGCUAACUCCUCCAUCAAAAAAAGCUUCAGAAAAAGCAAGAAAAAAGGUGCUGCCUUGUUUAAAAACAUGAAAUUAGGAUCAAUGGGCAGUUCGAAGUCGCAAAAAGAGAAGGAUGCUAAAAUCACUAGUUCUCCUUCAAUCAAUGGUGAUAAUUCGGCAUUGAUAAGCGAAACGAAAUCACAAUCACCUUCGCAGUGGGUAAAAGUUCGAGUUCAUGCGAAACCAUACAAGGAAUUCACAGCAUUGCAUCUGAGUCAAGAGAUUAAGGGUCAUGAAGGAUCGAUUUGGGCGAUGAAAUUUACAUACGAUGGUCAUUAUCUAGCGACUGCCGGUGAGGAUAAAGUGAUCAAUAUCUGGGAAGUGCAAGAGUGCGAUCUCAUGUCAAUUCGGAGUGGAGUAGAUGAUCUGAGCUCCGUCAGUGGCACACCGGUCCACCCAAUGGCAAUGCCUAGUCCUGACGGAAGGCCGCCAUUGCCGGAUGCUGUGCCGGAGAAGAAGAAAAAAGGGAAGAAAAAGAAAGGAAUCCCUGACUAUGUCCAUGCACCUGAAACUGUUUUUGGCUUAUCGGAAAUACCAUUCUGCACUUUGGAAGGUCAUCUGGAAGAUAUCCUCGAUCUAUCAUGGUCAAGAUCUCAGCUCCUCCUUUCGUCUUCAAUGGACAAGACAGUAAGGCUAUGGGAUAUCGAAACUAAAAACUGUUUAAAGACAUUUUCUCACACCGAUUACGUGACUUGUAUACAGUUCAAUCCGGCAGACGACGACUACUUCAUAAGUGGUUCACUAGACUCUAAAGUACGAAUCUGGAACAUUCCAGAUCGGCUUGUAGUCGACUGGAUCGAUCUUCAUGAAAUGGUAACAUCCAUUGGGUAUUCCACCGAUGGCAAGGUUUCGAUUGUCGGUUCCCACAAAGGGAUCUGUCGAUUUUACAAUACAUCUGAAAGAAAACUUGAGUUUAAAGAGCAAAUCGAGUUGAAAACAAAGAAGACGAAGACACAGCCUAAAAAGAUAACUGGUUUUCAGUUUUCUGCCUGGAAUCCAUCUGAAGUACUCGUCACAUCUGCGGAUUCGAGGGUUAGAAUUUUAGAUGGAACAAAAGUUGUCCAGAAAUUCAAAGGUUUUAAGAACAUUAACAGCCAAUUUUCGGCUGCUUUUAGUACUGAUGGGAAAUACGUAAUCAGCGCUAGUGAAGAUUCACAAGUAUACAUAUGGAGGCACGAAGAAACUCGAUCAAAAAACAAACGCGCGAUGAUCAUGAAAUCCUACGAAAAUUUCCCAUGUAAAGAAGUUUCCGUCACAGCACCAUGGCCGGGAACCAGCAGACUCGCACCACCAGUCGUUGCUAUGCAUUCUAAAAAACACGCAAAAAAGUCAAUCGCCACACUGCCGCCAUCUACCGCCACCUGUUCUACUCCUCCACCGGAUGAAAGUACUGGGAAUAGUAAGAGAUCGUCAUCUCUGCCACCUGUCCCGAAAAGGAGUAGUUCCUCAGUGGAGAGCAUGGAGGACACAGAGCAGAAUUCCCAUGGUGACUCGGGUAUUGAGCCAUGUGAGUCAUUCAGCACGGCGACUGGUUCAUCAGGUAGGUUGGAUGAAGUCGCAGCUCCUUCACCAAACUCUAAAUCUUCAGGUGGCCACAAGACCAUUCAAGCAACGGCUUGGGGUUUCGUCAUCGUGACUGGAGGGUUGAGUGGUGAGAUCAAGGUGUUUCAAAAUGUGGGUCUGCCAUUUAAGGUUGGGCGCUUGUGAUCCAUCUCUUUUAAACGUACGUACGUGCUUCUAAACACUUAGAUUUUGUAGUCGGUAAGGAGGAAUUUAACGAAUUUAUGUGCCGAUACAUGACCACUCUAAACUGAACCUUGUACAUUAGAUUGUAUCCUCGAGAUUCUUUAUAGAAAGUUGUGAUACAUGUAAAAUGUGAAUGUGAUAUGAAAUGAAAGUAAAUUGUCAUUUAGUAGAAAAC